UGGAGGGAGAGAAUUCAGAGGGAGGAGAAUAGGGAGGAGUGGGGAUUCAGGAUCAAGUGUGGGGAAGGACAGGAGGGAUGGCCAGAUGGCCAUGAGAAUGAGUGGAAUCACAACUCACUGUGGUGGGGAGGUAGGAGGCAUCUCUAGGAGAUGAAGGAGACAUGGAAUAAAGCAGGUACCCCAGAAUCUAUGUGGUUGUCCUUAGCUAUGACUCACAGCAUUGAGAACAUGUAACCUGAAGAGGCCACCUCCUGUAGCCAGUCAGGAGCAAUAGGGACAGCAACCCACCACAAAUAUUUUGACCCAAAAUGUAUUCUGUCUAUAAGAAAUAUGGAAACAAAGGACAGAGCAAAGACUGUGGAAAUAGCCAGCUAAUAGCCUGCCCAAUUGAGACCCAUCCCAUGUGCAAGCACCAAUUCCUGAGCACUAUUAAUAAUACUCAGUUAUGCUUGCAGACAGGAGUCUAGCAUGGCUGAUAUGCUUCACCCAGAAGUUGACUCAUAUAGACACAGACACCCAUACCAAACAGUAGUUGAAGCUUAAGAAGUUUUAUGGAAGAAUAGCAGGAAGGAUUAAGGGCCCUAAGGGGAUAGGAACUCCACAGGAAGACCAACAAAAUCAACUAAUGUGGACCCUUUGGGCUCUCAAAGACUGAACCACCAACCAAAAAACUUACAUGGCCUGGACCUAGGGUUCACUGCACAUAUGUAGCAGAUGUGCAGCUUGGUCUUCAUGUGAGUCCCAAAGAACUGGACUGGGUGAUAUCCUAAAAGCUGUUAUCUGUUUGUGGGAUAUGUUCUUCUAGUAAGGCUGCCUCGUCUUGCCUCAACAAGAGAGGAAGCACCUAGCCUCACAGAAGCUUAAAGGGCCAAGGUAGGGGAAAACCUAAGGAGGUCCCACCCACUCAGAGGAGAAGAGGAUUGUGAAAGGAUUGUAAGAGGGGGUGACAGGGAGGGGGCAGUGAGCAGGAUGUAAAAUGAAUAAGUAAAAUUAAUAAUAAUAAGCAGAUAAAUAAAAAUGCAAAGUUUCCAGUGAGCGAUCUUAUAAAGGAAGCCAUUACUACACCCUGUAAUCCUAGCACUCUGGAGGCUGAGGCAGUUGAAAUUAGAAUUCAGGAUCAUCCUAGACCAUACAUCCAGAAAAAAAGCAGCCACAACAAGAAAAUAAAGUGUUGUACAAGUAUCUUGUGAGGUUUACUUCAUCUCCUGUUUCAAGGAGCGCAGCAAUAGGUUCACCAUAGAUACCAGUAGAAUCCAACUCACAGCAGAGUAAGAAGGUGUUGGUCAUGGUGAUAAAGUUGAUGAGUAGCAGGUGGUAGGAUGGUAGGAGUAAUGCAAACCUCAAAUACACAUGCCCCUCCCCACCUUCAGCAGUUGGGAGAAUUGGCUCUGGGAUCAUGAGAGUGGGUGAGCUUGCCCUGCUCCUCACUUACUACAGCACUCAGGAGAGCCAAGCCUGCACUUUGCCUGGGAAUCACAGUAGUGCCAGCCCUUGUCAAGGGAAUUUAUGAGCCAUCCCUGAGUACAGGGCAAGGAGAACUGUCACUGACACUCAUAUGCAUAGAGGUGGCGUAGCAGGGAGAUGCACUCUGCCCUCUCAAACUUCACCAGCUGGCAAAGUCCAGAAAGCUGACCCCAGGGUCAUAGGUGCAGUCCCAUUAGUCGAGAUCACAUCAAGUUGACAAGUAAUAUUCAUCUUCUCAGUUCUAACCAUUGUCAUCUUCACACCCAAGCACAUCACUUUAAGUCAUUAUUUUCCACUUCCUGUCUCUAAUGUUUCAGUUUCAUGUCAUCAUGAAAAACACAAUCUGGUUUCAAAAGCCCCAUUAGACCUUAAUAAUUCCAAGAGUUUAAAAGUCCACCUCUAAACAGGGACUGAAGGUAAUGUCUUAACUAUCAGCUCCUAUGAAAUAAAAAACAAGUUACAUACUUCCAACAUACAAUGUCACAGAAUAAACACUGACAUUCCAACAUGGAAGAAUCAGGGAUUAACAAGGAAUGCUCAGACCACAGCAAGACAAAACACCAUCAUAAACACAAAAUUCUGCAGUUUUGUGUCCAGCUAUAGAGCUCAUGAUAUCAUUCACUGGACUUCAAACACUUAAGUACAUGCACCCAUCCAGUUCUACACAUGAAGCACAAAUAGCCACUCUCUCUCAGAUCACCUCUCUACUCUUUUCCUACAACUUUAUGCAGUAAUAAUUGUGAUUCUGGCUUCUCCACAUACUAGGAUUUCCAUUGCCUCUUAGGCUUCCCUUUCAAAGGUUCACAAAAUGACCUCAUAGGACCUCCUUGCAGGGUCUUUGACUCAGAUACAUUGCCUGGCCCCAGCUGCUAUCUGAAGCUGUACAUCUUGACUCAGUGACCCCCUCAAUAUAGCAUCUUUCAAAAUUAAAAAAAAAAAAGUACAUGGACAACCGUGUUCUGUUGACAACUUUAAAAUGUGGCCACACAGAAAGCUGUAUCAUGUGCUGACUUUUGGGAAACACUUACUGAGGUAUUUGCAUUUGUGGAGCAAGAAAUACCAUCAGUUAAGACUUUCUGCCUUUAAAUGGGUUUGGUUCUUUAAAAGAUGAAGCCCAGGAAGAAUGAGGUUCUGCCCUUAGGACUCCUUUCCUAUUGCCACAUUGCAGCUUUCCCUUAAGUGAUGAUGAUCUCUUUAACAAUUACAGCUGCUCUUGGAGAUUCACUCAGAACGUUUUCUUUCAUAAACCUUCUCUCGAAAAAUUAGUCAUUAGGUGGACUAGCCAUAUCCAUGAGCCUUCAGGUCACACACAUGAGUCCACUUGCACAUGAACAUGCACACACACCACACACUUACAGAAAAAGAAUACAGUGUUGCUGAGAAUCAAAACCCAAAUGUGACAUCUAGGAGACUUCAGAAAUCAAAAAAAUAUUACACAGGGUUUGUGGCCUAAGAUGCAUUUACUGAAAUGCACAGCCUGUUUCUGGGCAUGCUACACUGAAGGAGAGGAAACAAAGAGAUCCAGAGCACAAAUCUGGGGGGAUCCAGAAGCGAUUGCUGACCUGGGACCUGUUGGCAAACCUUGAGGCCCACAUUAAAGGAGGAAGGAACUGAGCUCAGACAUGAGUUCUGCAGUCAAGCAGGCAGGGCUUCUGCAAACCCGGAUGAAGCUCUCAGCCUGACUCCUCCAGCGCAGGCAUCUGCAGAGACUUAACAGGAAGUAACCUGAAUAAUCGUCAACUUACAACUGCGCAGGCUCUCUGACAGCUUCCUUCCUGAUAGGGGCCCAGAGUCUCUUUCACUUUUGUUUCCUAGCUGAGGAACCUUAUUCAAGGACAUACACUGCAGUGGACCCCGUGCAAGAGUAGGGUCUCCUCUAUCAGUUCUGAUCAAACACCCAUUCCCAGAGGAGAAAUGUCUGACAGACAAAAGAUAAUACUAGCCUCCAAGCCGCAACGACUAGAGACAGUCAUGUUAAUAGACUCCAGCAUGGUACAACCAGAUACAGCCACAGAGCAAAUCCUCGAAGGAGUAUCCGAGGUCUCUAUCAUCAUGGAUGAAUCUGAGGUCUCUAUCAUCAUGGAUGAAUCUGAGUCUGAACAGAAAGUUACCACAAAGGUGGAUCAGCAUGAGGGACAAGAGGAUGUGGAUCCCACCUUCAAAACAAAGAAACAUACAAAGGUGGAGCUGAUGAAGCCCAGACCCAAGCCAAAGAGGCAUUUGAAGCUAACAACCUUUCCAGAAGUAUAUAUGAAACAAGAUGAGAUUCUUCACUCCACACAGUCAUUGAAAUGGAAAAAUUUGUUCCAAAAUUUCACAAAUCUACUACUCCUCCAAAAAUUGUGCACAAGAGGCUCAGAGAACUUGGUCAGCUGGCAUCCAUGUGGACCAGAAGGAGGACAUAUAAUUGAUAUCUUAUUUCACUCAAACUUAGACUCCCAGAAUGAGGCUCAGUUAGUCAUAAUAGAGGGGGCUGCUGGGAUUGGGAAGUCAACACUGGCCAGGCUGGUGAGGAGAGCCUGGAAGGAAGGCCUGCUCUACAGGGACCUCUUCCAGCAUGUCUUUUUCUUCAGCUGCAGAGAGCUGGCCCAGUGCAAGCAACUAAGUCUGGCUGAGCUCAUAGCACAAGGCCAGGAUGAGCCCACACCUCCCAUUGGUCAAAUCCUGCUUCACCAUGAGAAGCUGCUCUUCAUCCUGGAUGGCAUAGAUGAGCCAGCAUGGGUCUUGGAGGAGGAGAAUCCUGAGAUGUGUCUGCACUGGAGUCAAAGACAGCCUGUGCACACUCUGCUGGGCAGUUUACUAGGGAAAUCCAUCCUUCCUGAGGCUUCCUUCCUGCUCACAGCUCGGACAACAGCUCUACAGAACAUCAUUCCUUCCUUGGAGCAGCCGUCGUGUCAGGUGGAAGUGCUAGGAUUCACUGAGUUUGAAAGGAAAGACUACUUCUACAAAUAUUUUGCAAGAGAAAAAGAUGCAAUUACUGCAUUCAGAUUGGUUGAAUGUAACCCAGUGCUCCUGACCCUAUGUGAGGUUCCCUGGGUGUGCUGGUUGGUCUGCACUUGCCUGGAAAAGCAGAUGGAGCAGGGUGAAGAACUCUCACUGACCUCACAGACCACUACAGCCCUCUGCCUGGAAUAUCUUUCCCUGACAAUCCCAGGUCAGCCCAUGGAGACUCAGCUCAGAGCCCUCUGCUCACUGGCUGCAGAGGGGAUCUGCCAAAGAAGGACCCUGUUCAAUGAAAGUGACCUCUGUAAGCAAGGGUUAGCAGAGGGUGCCAUUGACACUUUAGUGAAGAUUGGUGUCCUUCAAAAGCAGCCCAGCUAUCUGAACUACAGUUUUGCCCAGUUGUGUCUCCAGGAGUUCUUUGCAGCAAUGUCCUACAUCUUGGAGGAUAGUGAGGAAAGACAUGGUGAUAUGAAAAACAACAGAAUUGUAGAAACACUGAUGGAACGGUAUGGAAGACAAACCCUAUUUGAGGCACCCACUGUGCGCUUUUUGUUUGGUCUUUUGAGUAAAGAGGGAUUGAAAGAAAUGGAAAAGUUCUUUUCCUGCAGUCUUCUUGGGAAGACAACAUUGGAGCUGCUAUGGCACAUCCUAGGGAAAUCCAAACCCUGUCAAUCACAUUAUCUGGGUUUGCUACACUGUCUGUAUGAAAAUCAGGAAAUGGAGCUCCUGACACAGGUGAUGCAUGUUCUUCAAGGAAUAAUAGUGCCUCACACAGAUGAUAAGGCACACACAGUGAUCCAGACAAACAUGAAACACCUGGUGAUACAGACAGACAUGGAGCUCAUGGUGGUCACUUUCUGCAUUAAGUUCUGCUAUGAUGUGAGGAGUCUUCAGCUGAGUAAGGAAAGAUAUGGAUAUGCACUGACAGCCCCAACGAUGGUUCUGUUCAGGUGGACCCCAAUCACUGAUGCCAGCUGGAACAUUUUCUUCUUCAAUCUUAAUUUCGCCAAAAACCUGGAGGAGCUAGACCUGAGUGGAAAUCCACUGGGCUACUCUGCAGUACGCAAUCUUUGUAAGGCCCUGAGAUACCCUGGCUGCCAACUAAAGACCUUGUGGCUUGUUGAAUGUGGCCUUACAUCCACAUGCUGCUCACUCCUGGCCAAAGUGCUCAGUGCUCGCUCCAGUCUGACUGAGCUAAACCUGCAGCUGAAUGACCUGGGUGACGAUGGUGUGAUGAUGCUGUGUGAGGGACUCAGGAAUCGUGCCUGCAACCUCCACAUCCUGCGGCUGGACCUGUUGUCUCUCAGUGACCAGGUGAUUACAGAGCUCAGGACUCUGGGGGCAAAGAAUCCGAAGCUGCACAUCUUCAGCACAUGGAAUCCACAUGUGAUGGUCCCUCCUAAGAACAUAGAUAAAGAAGUGGGUGAUAGUCCAACCUCAUUCAAGCAGGAGCAACAACAGUCAGGACACAAAGACAUGGAACCUCUGGGGACUGAGGAUGACUUUUGGGGCCCUACAGGACCUGUGGCUACUGAGGUGGUAGACAGAGAGAGGAACCUGUACCGAGCUCAAUUGCCCAUGGCUGGUUCCUACCACUGUCCUGGCAUGGGACUCCACUUUGUGGUGACAAGGGCAGUGACAAUCGAGAUUGAAUUCUGUGCCUGGAGCCAAUACCUGGACAAGACUCCCUUGCAAGACAGUCACAUGGUGGUUGGGCCUCUGUUUGACAUCAAGACUGAGCAAGGAGCUGUGACUGCUGUGUACCUCCCUCAUUUUGUGGCUCUCCAAGAGGGAACCGUGGACAGCUCCUUGUUCUGUGUUGCCCACUUUCAAGAACAUGGGAUGAUCCUAGAAAUGCCAGCAAGGGUGGAACAGCAUUACGCAGUACUGGAAAACCCAAGCUUCUCCCCAAUAGGAGUUCUACUGAGAUGGAUUCCUGCUGUUGGACACUUCAUCCCCAUCACUUCCAUCACAUUGAUCUACUAUCACCUCAAUCUCGAGGACACGACCUUUCACCUUUACCUGGUCCCCAAUGACUGCACUAUUCGGAAGGCCAUUGAUGAGGACGAAAAGGCGUUUCAGUUUGUGCGCAUAAACAAGCCACCCCCAGUAGAUGCUCUUUAUCUUGGUUCCCGCUAUAUCGUGUCUGGCUCCGAAACGGUGGAAAUUUUCCCAAAGGAACUCGAACUGUGCUACCGAAGCUCCGGGGAAUCCCAGCUCUUCUCUGAGAUUUACAUUGAACGCAUGGGUCCAGGGAUUAAGCUGCAAAUCAAAGACAAGAGUCAUAUGAAUCUCAUAUGGGAGACCUUGUUAAAACCAGGAGAUCUCAGACCUGCUCUGCCUAGGAUUGCUUCAGCCCCCACAGAUGCUCCUUCCUUGCUACACUUUGUGGACCAGCAUCGGGAGCAGCUGGUGGCCAGAGUGACAUCAGUGGACACUCUCUUGGACAAGCUGCAUAGUCUGGUGCUGAGUGAAGAUUCCUAUGAGGCAGUGCGGGCUGAGACCACAAACCAAAACAAGAUGAGGAAGCUCUUCAGCCUCAGCAGGUCCUGGAAUCAAGAUUGCAAAGACCAAUUCUACCAAGCUCUGAAGGAGACCCAUCCUUACUUGGUCAUGGACCUCUCUGAUAAGUAAGAUAGGAGCCUAACAUCACUUUUCCUGAGAGGCUUCAUCCAGCAGUGGAUGGAAACAGAUACAGAGACCUACAGACCACAUCACGUGUUUCUUGAGAGGCUUGUGGAAGAGUGAGAGAUAGAAUUGAACAAGCUGGAGCAGUCAAGGACACCACAAGAAAACCUACAGAGUUAACUAACCUGCAACCUGGGGACUCACAGAGAUGGAACUACUAACCAGAGAGCAAGCAGUAGCUGGACCUAAGUCCCCUAAACAUUUGUCGCAGAUAUGCAGCUUAGUCUUCAUGGAGGUCCACGAACAAUUGAAGAGGAGGCCAUCUCUGACUCUGUUCUCCACCUUUGGAUCCCAUCCCCCUAACUGGACUGCAUAGUUGGGCCUCAGAGAAAAAGAUGGGCUUAGGCAUACUGCAAGUGGGUGUUGCAGGGUGGGCUGGUAUUCAAGGGGGACUUCCCCUUUUCUGAGGAGAACUGGAGGGGGUAGGGGGAUUUGUAAAGGUGGGACUGGGAAGAGAAUAGGAAGAGAAUGCGAUCAGCAUGUAAAGUAAAUAAAUACUUCUUUAAUUUAAAGAUAAAAUUUUAAACCUCUUCUUAUUCUAAAAAGAAUCAUGAUUGGCAUGAAAAUAGGUAUAUAUUUUUAAAGUAUUUCACUUUAAUGGAAACUUUGUUUUAUAUUAUCUAAUCAUUAAAUACUUGAAUAAAGCCAUAAUUUAGUGAAAGUCAAGGAAAUCCAGUCAUACUUUAUGCCCUUCUCCUUGAGGGAUCAGUACUAUUAUACUAUUUCCAUUUAGUAAAACCUGAUCUAAUUUUGUAUCCUCCCUCUGUUAUAAUUUCUGUGCAAAAAUUGUAACAUCUUCCAAAACUAUACUGACAACAAAUCAUA